GCCGUUACGCUCAACAACGGCGCAAAGAUGCCUUUUGUGGGACUCGGGACGUGGAAAGCCGACGGAGGGACGGUCACGGAGGCGGUGGAAGUGGCAAUCCGGACCGGCUAUCGGCACAUCGACACCGCGUACGUCUAUCAGAAUGAGCGGGAAGUUGGCGCCGGGAUUCAAACCGCGGUCGAGCGAGGCGAGGUGGACAGGGAGGAGCUAUUCAUUGUUAGUAAGUUAUGGUGCACCUUCCAUCUACCGUCCCUCGUGCGGAAGGCUUGUGAGAAGACUCUCGGUGACCUCGGACUGGACUACCUGGACCUGUACCUGAUUCACUUCCCGAUGGGCGUCAAGGCGGGGGAUGAGCUCUUUCCCCUGGACGAGUGCGAGCAGGUCAUCCCUGACGGCAGCAGCUUCCUCGACACUUGGGAGGCCAUGGAGAACCUGGUCGAUGCCGGCUUGGUCAAGGGUAUCGGCGUGUCCAACUUCAACAAGCACCAAAUCGAAGCCAUUCUCAAAAAGCCGGGUCUCAAGUACAAACCGGCCAUCAACCAGAUCGAGUGCCACCCGUUCCUGAUCCAGGAGAAGCUGAUCAAUUACUGUCAUUCAAAGGACAUCUUGAUCACGGCUUACAGUCCUCUAGGAUCCCCCGACAGACCUUGGGCAUUUUCCGGUGAUCCUUCACUCUUGGAUGAGCAAAACGUCAAGAAAAUUGCAAGCAAGUACUCAAAGACGCCGGCCCAGGUUCUCGUCAGGUUCCACAUUCAGAGGAACGUGACUGUCGUCGCCAAGUCGGUGAAACCCCAUCGGAUCAGGGAGAACUUCCAGGUGUUUGAUUUUGCACUGAACGAAGACGACAUGAACACCCUGCUCGGGUUGAACAAGAACUUUCGAUGUUUCCCCUUUUUAUGGGCAUCAAAACACAAAGACUAUCCACUUAAUACUGAAUAUUAAUAUUGGGAAGACCCCAAAAGUAGUUCUGCAUGGGAUCCAAUAGCUGAGAAAAUUGAUUCGUGCUCAGUUUUACUUUGAUUUAUAGUCAUUACCGUAAUUCCCGGCCUACAGAGCGCACCUGGUAUAAGCCUCGGUACACAGAGUUUAACGCUAGCUUGGUGCUAGCCUUAGCGCCUCACUAGCGUUAAACUCUAAACUCUGUGUACCGCUGAAAAAAAGACUGGAUAGCGCAUACAUAGAGCAUUACGUCGAUUGGUUGAAGCCAGUUGGCCGCCUUCUUGGUACUCCCAAAACGUGACUGUCAUUACAGGUUGGAUUAUAUAUAUUUUUCCUCAAUUUGGCGUGUAGGAUCAAAACUGGUCGUGUGAGUUUGACAUUUUUUCUGUUCUGGUAAUAUGAAGGAUUUGGACUUGGUAAGCUUAAAAAAAAAAAAAAAAAGGCUAAGCGCAAAGGAAAGACGAACAAGAAACCUUCCAUAUUACCUAGGGCCCGAUUUCUGUGACGUUAAUUUUCCCAAAAUACAUUGUGAAGCACUAUCAUCACAAAAUAGCAAAAAAACCUCAGCAUUUUUAGUCAUAAAAACCUUGAAUUUUUAAGUCAAUCAGUUCGAUAUAUUUUUGGAAAUAAGGACUCGCAAUGGGAAAAUACAUGCUCAACACAUUGUUCAUUUGUUGUCUCUGCGACAUCCUAUUUCAGACAGAACAUUUAAAUGUGUGUCCUCGCAUUUGAAAGUCAAAUACUUCUGUAUUAUAAAAUUCAUAAAAAAUUUCACAAAGUGUUUUCUUGCUUAUCCACUGAUGAAAUUCAGGAAAAUAUUUACAGCGCUUUUUUGCGAAAAAUCGGCCUAUAAAUGGUGAAGCAGAGAGUGAACAGUGAAUAACAACUGUAAAAACUUUGUUCGAGUGAACUAAGCUCAUCAAAAAAAAAAAAAAAAAAUAAAAGCAUUUACAAAAACUUUAACAGUGUCAAAGUUAAUCUUUUGAACUUACCUGUGGAAUGUUUUCUCACAGCCACGCAACUGACGAUUAGAUCAACGCAGUUAGUCGCUGCACAGGUCAACAUGCUCGUUUUGGGAGUAUCAAGAUGGCGGAUGGCGACUUCACUUUUGGUGGCCAAUGAGCCAUCCAGUCUCUCUCUCUCUCUUUUUUUUUUUUUUAGAUCAGCGCUUAUAGCCCGGUGCACUAACGCUAGUGCCGCAUCACCGCAUAAGCAGCAGGCUUGAAAGCGUGUGAAAAAAGUUCCGGCUUGUAGGCCGGAAAUUACGGUAAUCAAGUUUUUUUUUUGCGAAUUAGUUGCACAGUAGUUAAUUUCACACAAAUGAUCACAUAUGAAAAAAAGCAGUAUAUGCACCACAACUAUUUUAUUGUAACAUAUUCCAGUCAAAGAAAUGUGCAUUUAGUUGCCCCCCCCCACCCCCCAC